UUUUUUUAUUUACUCAGUAACGGAUGUGAUCUCCAGUGUAGCCAAGUACAAUACUGCAGUCAGAAUGUACUUAAGUAAAAGUAAAAUUACAGAUUUAAGACACUAAUGAAAAAAUUACAAAUGACACAAAAAAACUACUCAGUUACAGUAAUGUGAGUAAAUGUAAUUAGUUACUUUCCACCUGUGCAUAAGGCGCACAGCAGCACAACAGUACCUGGUGUGUGACGUGUGCAGGCACUGGUCAGGAGCACAUGACUGUAAGGCAGCAGAGGUGAGACAGGUGCAGAUCUCAGGUGUCUUCAUCUAUGAAGUCCACCUGAAGCCUCGGCCUGGAGACAAGUGUUCAAUACAGAAGACAGGCUCAAAGACCAGGCUGCCUGCAGGGGGCGGUCCCUGUCCUGAUGAAGCCCCUCUGUGAUUGGCGGAGUGAGGUGAGACAGGUGCAGAUAUCAGGUGUCUUCAUUUAAGAAGUGCACCUGAAGCCUCGGCCUGGAGACAAGUGUUCAAUACAGAAGACAGGCUCAAAGACCAGGCUGCCUGCAGGGGGCGGUCCCUGUCCUGAUGAAGCCCCUCUGUGAUUGGCGGAGUGAGGGGAGCAGGUGUGACGUCAGCCGGUGUUCGCAGGGAGGAGGAGGUCUACCGCAGUGACACCGUCCUGUCUCUCUGUCUCCGUCUGUCUGUCGCCGUCCCGUCUAACCCAUCACCGUCGAUCAGUCGGAUCGAUACUCUGAUCGUCUCUGACCGGAACCAGCAGCAGCAGCAGCAGCCGCGGCGGAAGUCUCGUGCCGUCACCGAGGGAGCACACGGACCGACCUCCAUCUUCAUCCUCUUCAUCCCCAUCAUCACCAUCAUGUCCGGCACCAAGGAGGAGGACCGCAAAGGCUCGAGCGAGUGGCGGGAAUUCUUCUGGAACCCGCGAACUCACGAGCUGCUGGGCCGAACCGCCUCGAGCUGGGGUCUCAUCCUGCUCUUCUACCUUAUCUUCUACCUGUUUCUGGCGGGGAUGUUUGUUCUCACCAUGUACAUCAUGCUGCUGACGCUCGACGACUACAAGCCCACCUGGCAGGACCGCCUGGCUACUCCAGGGAUGAUGAUUCGUCCGAAGGGGGACCAGCUGGAGAUCAGUUUCUCAGUGUCGGACACUGAGAGUUGGGACGGUUUCAUUCAGAACCUCAACAACUUCCUGUCCCCGUACAACGACAGCUAUCAGGUUCAGACCAAUGAUAACUGCCCUCCAGAUCAGUACUUCAUUCAAGAGGACAGUGGAGAGGUCAGGAACAAUCCUAAGCGUUCCUGUCAGUUCAAUCGGACCAUGUUGGAGGAGUGUUCUGGGAUUUCAGAUCGUUUCUAUGGUUACAGCAGAGGUCAGCCCUGCAUCCUCAUCAAACUCAACCGGGUCAUUGGUAUGUUGCCGGGGAAGGACGGUCAGUCUCCUUAUGUCAUCUGUGGAGCCAAGAGGUAUAAAGUGGAGAAAAAUGAGUGGAGGGAGGACACUGAAAAGAUCGGACCUUUGGCCUACUAUCCUCCCAACGGAACCUUCAACCUCAUGUACUACCCAUACUACGGCAAGAAAGCUCAGGUGAACUACACUCAGCCGCUGGUGGCCGUGAAGUUCCUGAACGCCUCUCUGAACACAGACAUCAACAUCGAGUGUAAGAUUCACUCCAACACUCUGGCCGACGGCAGCGACAGGGACAAGUUCGCCGGACGGGUGUCCUUCAAACUACGAAUCAACGACAAAUAGACACACACACACACACACUCACGCUGGUUAAAGCUGCACAUGUCAACAUGUUUCAGUUGUCACACACACACACUGUCCGUUAGAGCCUCGAACACACCUGUACCUGUCCUCAGUCAUAAUGCGUUCACUGACCUUUAGUUCCCAUCUGAUUGUUUCCUGUACCCAUCCUGUUGCUUCAGUGCAGCUUUAACUGACCCCAAACCCACCAAUCAGCACACACACACGCUGUGAUGUCACUGAGGACAGACUGACCCACAGGAGGCUCUUCACCUCCUUCAUCAUCAUCAUCAUCAUCACUCUGCAUGAACACCAAAUUACUGAUCACACAGCUGACGUGUUUACUGUUUAUUUAUUUAUGUCUCCAGUUAUUUAUUACCUGUUUAUUUAUUUAUUUAUUUGUUGACAUAUUUAUUCAUUUAUUUAUUUAUGGUGAUGUUUUGUUUUUUUACAACUUUAAACUCAUCACAGAGAGCGCCAUUAAUACUGGACCAUCAGGUAAGAAAGGCUCUGAUUGGCUGUUUACAGUACACACACGUCACAAACCAGUUCAACAGAAACCAGUUUGACAAAACCAGUUUAACAUCAGAAAGCAGUUUAACAGGAACCAGUUUAACAAAACCAGUUUAACAUCAGAAACCUGUUUAACAGGAACCAGUUUAACAAAACCAGUUUAACAAAACCAGUUUAACAUCAGAAACCAGUUUAACAAAACCAGUUUAACAUCAGAAACCAUUUUAAUAAAACCAAUUUAACUAAACCAGUUUAACAUCAGAAACCAGUUUAACAUCAGAAACCAUUUUAAUAAAACCAGUUUAACUAAACCAGUUUAACAUCAGAAACCAGUUUAACAAAACCAGUUUAACAUCAGGAACCAGUUUAACAAAACCAGUUUAACAUCAGAAACCAUCAGAAACCAUUUUAACAAAACCAGUUUAACAUCAGAAACCAUUUUAUUAAAACCAGUUUAACUAAACCAGUUUAACAUCAGAAACCAGUUUAACAUCAGAAACCA